GCGGAGCGUGCGAGUCCUGAAGGGCAAAUAAGAGACUGGAGAAAACGACCUUACCCAUAUCAAGGUGUAUUUCUCUCAUUCUUAUUUCAUAUAGGCGCAUGUGCUUUGCAUUGCGCAUGUUGACAGUGUAGAUUAUUUAUGUCGAACAUUUUAAUUAUAAGAUCUUGUGUCUGACAAGCAAAGCGUCAUCAUGGGUUUUGGUGGGCAUGAUUUCUCUGGUGACCUACAGUAGCACGGGAUGCGCCGCACAAAGCGGGUCUGAAAUGCCAGACGGGAGACACAGAGACCUUCAAGGAGGCUGUUAACAUCGAUUCUUGAGGAUAUAUUUAUUUGUUACCGGAUAUUUUUCUUUGGACCAUAAGGACGUACUCUAGUGCCACCGGGAAUUUUGCUACGAGGGAGCCGGUAUAAAUUAAAUGCGCGGAAUGCAUGGAAAACUCUCCUGUAAAACAACAUAUAUCGGGAUUUAUUGUAGCUAGUUAUUUCUAAUAAAUACGCCCUACGACCAUCUUGAGCCUCUCAAAAGCCUGAUUUUAUACUCAAGGAGUCCGUGUUGCCUGUUUGUUCAUUUACCUACUUUAAAACUUAAGAUAUUUCAUUUUUGACUUUUUUUUUUCUCGUUAAGCCAUGACAGGGAUGACAAUUGCCUUGUUUUUUGAGAAUCUACUGAGUAAAUUGCCAUUGCUUGGAUUAAAGAUGUUGGAUUCGGAUGUGAAAGUGGAAUAAUCAUUCAUAGAGAAUUAACAACUGUGAGGACUGGACGUUGGACCUGCUAUAUAUUAUUUACACAACUAUUUCUGACUUUUCUUGGUGAACUCAAACAAUGGGGAUCAAGCUGAGAGUUAUUCUGGGAAUGUUUCAGUUCGUCUCACUUACCAGAAUACCAACACAAUGUGCCAAAACACAGUCAGACCACUGGAUGCCAACAGAGAGCCAUAAAUCUGAAGAAGUGGUGAGAUGGUUGGAUGUGUAUCAGAGAAGCGGAUGUCAUCCCAGAGAGACGCUGGUGGAAGUUUGGCGGGAGUUUCCGUGGGAGACACAUCACCUCUUCCUGCCGUCGUGUGUAACGCUGCGCCGCUGUGGAGGCUGCUGCUCCGAUGAGGCACUGGAGUGUGUGCCGUCACAAACACACACACUUGUAAUGGAGCUCAUGAGGACCUCAUACAUGAAGCAUGAACUUGUGCAGCUGCCUUUUAUUGAACAUAACCAGUGUGAGUGCAGGCUAAAAGCAAAUCUUUAUGCAGAGCCAACCAGGCAAGGCCCACAGACAACAAGAAAAGGUAAAAAGCGGCAAAGGGGGAAACCAAAGCGAAAGAAACACAUGGGGAAAAAGCCGACUCUCGUGCCAACUACACCCCCUCCUCCUCCCCCUCCCACUCUACCGCCUAGCUCCGCCCCUCCACCACCUGCCAGAGAGGCGUGUCCACCAUGCCCCACCCGCAGGAUGACAUCACAGCCUCCCUCUUGUGAAUGCAGGUGCAGUUUGAGGGAGGUGAGCUGUACAAAGAGAGGGAAGACACUUAACCACCACAGCUGCCGAUGUGAAACCCAAAGCGAAUAGUGAAAUCAAACCACCCGUAUAAUCCACCGAUCAAACUUUGCACAGCUUUGAGGAGGUCAAAGGUUUGCUUAUUCUUUUGUCACAGACUCUGAAGUUUGGGUCUCACGCAAAAAAAGAGUUUGCGUUCAGGAACAAACAACAGACCCACCCCCUGUGGCCCAUCUGGCUAUGUCCCACACACUAUUACGACAGUAUUAGAUCCAUAUUCAUUCAUUCUGUACUGGGUGUGUACGGAAUAUCACCAGAUCCUACUGUUGAAGCUUUUCGCCAUUAUGAUCCAAACUUCAGAUCACCUUUAACCAUUUGACAUUUGUAUUAUGGACAUUCAAUGAGUCAAGCGUAUCGCUGGAAUAUUUAAUGCGCUAAAAGUGAACCAUAGUGUUCUCAUUGAGCUUUAUCCAAAACCAGUUUUGGGAUUUUGUUCAGCUUCAAUGGAUCCUCAUAGGCACAGACACACAGCUAGAAUGAUGCUAAGGAUGACGAGUGCGCUGAGAACUUUCAAAGGGAAACCUGAAUAAGGAAGGAGUCCUUUUUUUCUACCAAACUACUUAAAGUGGAGAGUUUUUGAUGGGAUGGAUGUUGACAGACCUUCAGUGUUGAGAGAACUCAAGUGUUUCGCUACACAAACAGAGUAUCUCAUCCUGAGAACAUCCCGACGUCUCCUCUGACCCUCCUCAUGUGAUAAAUGGAUGGAUGGGUCGAUUAGACGGAUCGACGGGUGUCUGUGUGGU